UUAUGGUCUUCAGGUGCAAAAACGUUGCUUGUCACUGCAUUAUGCAUUUCCACUGCCCUCUCUCUGUCCCUUGUAGCUUCUGGUGUUUUUCCUGCAUUUACUGAGGAUACUGCCAGAGCAGUAAAUGUUGUACAUGUUGUGGAUACAAGCGGGCAAGAUCAAGUGGCUUUCAUAUCGCUAUUCUCAAACACUCCUGGAAACCUAAACAUGGAAGCAGAGCAGAUCAAAGAAGGGUUCAAAUGUGGCAGAGAGAAUAAGAUUGAUUUUGUCAGUUUUGAAGCCAAAUACAGUUGUGUGACCAAGAAGGACGCCGAGGUUGGAUGGGACAAGCACAAUAUUCCAGUCCUUCGUGUCAUAAACGACAAGGAGAGGGACGAGGGAAGAGUUACAGCGAUUUCAAUGGACACAGGAGGCUCUUCGCGCUGGACACUUCGCAUUGACAUGGAGGAAAUAGAAGACUUUACAAUGCAAGUGAGUGAGGAUGAAGAGUUAAUGAUAGCACGAGGCGAGAAAAGCAGCAAUGAACAAGGAUGGCAUCAAAUUCAAUUCGCAGGUGGGAAAAAGGCGCCAACAAGCUUUGUUCUCAAACUUUACAAAAAGGAAGAAGUAUCUGAUGAGAAGAAGAAGCAAAGACCUCUCUUGAAGCUCAGAACUGACUUCAACCGUCUCACUCCACAAGUCCAGAGGGUUCUAGAAAGACUUCCUCCAUUUUGCUCAAUGUUUGGAAAAUCCACUUCUCCCUUUACUCUCGCCUUUCUUGCUUCUCUUCCUUGCACCAAAUAACACUUCCCACUCACUUGGCUAACGCAUUUUCUAAUAAAUAUUUUGUGUUUACUUCAAAAGCACGAGUGAAAA